AUGUUUGUCCAAGUGUCCGCACAGACAGAGCACGCGCACAGACAUUCUUUUCCAAGAAGGAGCUGCUUUUUACUCGUCCCGAUGGCUGACACCAGCAUUCCAAGCUUCAAGGCAGCUGACCUGGUCAUCCAGCUGUCCUCCUCUCUGAAAACUAAACCAGAUGUUGGUGAGUUUGGAAUAGUCUUCACCGACCACAUGUUGACCAUAGAGUGGACAGCGACUAAGGGCUGGAAGGCUCCAUUUAUCAGGCCCUUUGGGAACCUGGCGCUCCAUCCGGCCAGUACAUCACUACAGAAUGCCAUUCAGCUUUUCGAAGGCUUGAAGGCUUACCGUGGGGACGACAACCAACUGCGUCUCUUCAGACCGAUGCUCAACAUGAAGCGCAUGGCAUACUCUGCUUGGAGAGCCUGUCUGCCUGCGUUUGACCAGUCAGAGCUUCUCGAGUGCAUCAGGAGGCUGGUGGAGAUCGAACAGGACUGGGUUCCUCACUCAGAUGUUGCCAGCUUGUACAUCAGACCAACGUUUGUUAGUACUGAGCCGUCUCUGGGUGUAAAGAAGCCUACUCGUGCCUUGCUCUAUGUGAUUUUGUCCCCAGUCGGGGUUUACUUCAAAACCACAGACGCUGUCUCUCUGUGGGCCGAUCCCAAAUAUAUAAGGGCCUGGAAAGGAGGAACUGGAGACUGCAAGAUGGGAGGGAAUUACGGAUGUUCUAUGCUUGCCCAGCAUGAAGCAGUGGAUUAUGGGUGUCAGCAGGUUCUGUGGUUGUACGGAGACGACCACCAGAUCACUGAGGCAGGAACCAUGAACGUCUUCCUACACUGGAUCAAUGAAAAUGGAGAUGAGGAGCUUGCAACUCCACCUCUGGAUGGUAUAAUACUCCCAGGAGUUACCCGACGGAGCAUCUUGGAACUAGGCAGAAAAUGGGGUGAGUUUGCAGUGACAGAGCGCUACAUCACCAUGGACCAGCUGUGUUCUGCUGUGAAACAGCAGCGAGUCAAAGAGAUGUUCGGUUGUGGUACUGCCUGCAUGGUCUGUCCCAUAGGACGCGUUGUCUACCAGGGACAGGACUUGCAUAUUCCCCAUCAGGAUGCAAAGGUGACUUCACGGAUCGCAAAGGAACUCACAGAUAUACAGUAUGGACGCACACCUUCUGACUGGGCUUUCCUGGUGUAG